GCAGUGUACUCACCUGAUUGCGGGGUCUGGAUCCUUCUGCGCAGCAGUGCCUCAUUUCAGCCGUGGCAAUGAGAAUGAAGUGAUCUUCUCUCCUUUGCUUCACCUGUACACAUUUACACACGCGGCUCUCUGUCCCUCAGAGCAUCGCCAUGACAAACAGCAAACCGAUUGCGGUGGAUCGCCACGUUCUGCUGGAUCUGAUCGGUGGAUACGGUGUCGUGGUCGUCGUAGGGAUCAUUGCUACGCUGUCGGUAUGCGCUGCGUUUCUCAUUUACCGAUCCGUUAGAGGUCAGCGUGGGAAGGGUCGCGUGAAUAACGGUAACGACACAACCGCAGCAAAGAAAGAUGGGACCUCGGCCCGGAUGAGGAGAGAGAGGGGGGAUCAACCUACUGAGACCGAGUCAACAGGAGAAGAUCAGGAGGCAGAGGCAAAACAGAAGACGUGUUGUGUUGAGUCAGAGUCUAGAGAUAAUAUAGACCUCUUAGCAACCAAUAGCAGCCUUCUUUCUACUGAGGUGUCAGAAAAAGACCUGAAUGAAAGCACUCUCAAGGACUUGGAGGAAAUUACAGAUGAGCUCCUUACAGAGUUGGAACCUGAAUCAGAAGAGAAAGCAGACUCUGAUCUGGAUCAAAGCAUGGAAAUGGAUCCCGAUAAACCUGAUGAUAACCUGGAAUUUCAGGACCGUAUUCAGCAUGAGGAUGCAGGUCGUGAAUGUGUGGAAGAUAUCUGUGAGGAUGUUAAUGUACAGUUCACCCGAUUAGCGUGCCAACUUGAGACUGGUGAAACGGUCAAAGAGGAAACUGAGGAACAUUUGAAAGAUCAUGAGACGGAGUUGAACGGAGACACGGAUGAGCCGUCUGAAACGGAAAGCGCUCGAGAGAUAAUUUCUGAGAAACAUCAAGAUGCUCUUACAGGUAAACCUCAGGAUGAUUUGCGCGGGCACGUAUUCACUUCUCAAAGCAAUUAUUUUUCAAACCAAGCUGCAGAUCCAUCCAAUCGCAGUAAGAUCAGAUCUGAGGACGACCACAAAACAUCAACCGUGGAUGUAAUGGAUAAUACAAGUUUAAGAAGCAAGUUUGAGGAUCACCAUAAUUGGCGUUUCCCCAGGACAAAAGACUUGGAUUGCUGUUGCUACGAUAAAAAAACGGAUCCGGUAGGAAACAAUAAAGGCCAGCCGUGGUUUCAAUGUGGAAGCCCGAAUGUGGAGCCUCCGAUCAAGCAUCAAAACCCCAGCAACAAGUUUGACUAUCCCACCGAGCCCCUGCAGAACUACCUGGGCUUCCAGACGGAUAAUUCCUUCAUUAGUGGAUCCUCCACGCGUGAGUCUGUCGAGAAAAAAGCGGAUGAGGACGGUGCAUCAAUGGAGAAGAAACAGGACAAGAAUGAGAUUAGCAUCAUGGACGCCAUUAUGGACAAUAAUGAGUGGCUGAAUGUAGGUGGGCCAGAGUUCAAAGAUCUUCCUUGGUUAACUGCAACCAGUGCAUCGUCCACUGACGAAAAACACACAAAUAGAGAAAAAGAAGAGGUGAUGGUUGCGUUAAAGGACAAACAUGAUGAAGAACUGGCAAAUAAAAGAGUAGCAACUGUUCAGCCCUUGCCACAACAGGUUCGCAUUACCUUCAGAGUUCACUACAUUACAUACUCUUCCAGCCAGCUGGUGGCUGUUACUGGGAGCCUGCAGGAGUUGGGGGCUUGGGAGAGCUUCGUUCCGCUCCACAGAGCCAAAGAUGGGUUUUGGGCCAACACCAUCACCCUCCCCGUGGACAGCCAGGUGGAGUGGAAGUUUGUCGUGGUGGAUGACGGAAAAAUCUCUCGCUGGGAGGAAUGUGGUAACCGUUAUCUUGUUUUAUCUAGCCAUGAUGAAGAGCUACAUCUUAAUAAGUCUUGGGGAUAUAUUUGAACACCUUUCGACUCUAUAUAGCAAUAAUAAUCCAUAGUGCAUUACCUAAAGCCAAUAUUGUAUUGUAAUAUUAAUUAUUCAAAUAAAGCAUGAGGCUGUGGAACUGUUAAUAUAGCAAUAAGGUUGUAUAAUAUUACAAAUAUGCACAUUUUUACUUUUACCGAACAAUCUGCUUCUGUGUUAAAUUUAUUUACAAGACUACAACCCUGUAACAGCAACAAACCAAAAUUUCAUUUUGUGCGCAAGGAAAAAUCAAUGUUCUUCCAGAGAUCGAGAUCAUUUUGUUGUAUAACAAUAUUUCUCUAUUCUCAGUGCUAUUGGCAGAUUUGUUAAAAAUCAAUAAUGUUCAUAAAGAUGUAUUACUUUGUUUACUUAAUGUUAUGAAACACAUUCUACACAACGUGCAAACCGAAGCACCCUGGUAUCAAGUGUGUGACAGUAAACUCGGAUGUCUUAUUAUUCAGUAACAAUUUAACUCACGCAGAUAUUAAAGAGAUAAUCCACUGUGAAUGUUUAUGCAAAUUACAUGACACAACACUGAGAAUGCAACACAAUCUGACACAUUUUACAAGAUGAAAAUCCAGCUCAGAUCGUGCUUGUGCAGAAUAUGUUUCAGACAUUACUUUGUUGUGAAUGCUUUAAAAACAGCUUGAGAGUAGUAAAAUGCUAUUUAACCAGCAAAAACACUUCAUAGUUCAUUUGAAAUCCUACUCCGGUGGCACAAUAUGUUAAAAUCAUGACAGAUGGUCAGCUUAUCCUUUUUUAAAUCCCUGCUUGGACUGUCAGCUACUCAUCGAAUCACAAGCAUUACAGAUCCAGCCGGUAAAUUUUGACUGUCAUCCUUUACUGAGUUCAGGUGAUACUUAAGAUCUUUUGAAUCGAUUAUAUAGUUCAGUUCUGCUACAAUGACAUUAGCAUGUCUAAUGAUGCCAGUAUUUGUUUGUUUGCCAUGUUUUGCCCUUACCGAAAUUCUAUGCUGCUUAUUUUGAGGUAAAUAUCUUAAGUAGCAAAACAAUGAAUUAAUCAAAAGUUUUUUUUUCACAACAAUGUUUGCCUUAAAAUGAUUAACAUGUGCUGCUCACACUUUGUACUAAACUUUAUAUUUGACUUUUAGCUUUUACUGUUCUUGUUUUUUUUCUGUGUAUUUCAGGUGUAAUACUGUUUUUGACCUUUAAACUUAUGUUUACCUGUCAAUCAGUAGCAAAUUAUUUAAUCCAAUAAAAUGAAUUGUAAUAUC